AACUUAAAUUGACCAUUUUAAACUUUGGUAGUUCCAGUUCCUGUUCACGCCCCCUUGGCAACUUUUGUUGUCUGUAUUCUCUGCUUAGAUUCUUUCCUGUUGUGUUGGCUGCCCGCUAAUAGUCUGUAUCGGCCAAAGCCUCAAUCUUUGUGCCCGCCUUCUUUAAUUUCCUCUCCCGCUUUGGCUUCUUUUGUAGAUCGCAAUAAUGGCUGAGAAAAAAACAGCAGAAAAAUUUUUAAACAACCUAGUAGAAGUCCUUGCUGACAGUGUUCCCAAGCAAAAAUCUGUGUCCUUCUUCGAGGAAGAGACGAGCUCAGUAACUGCUCGUUUCCAUCGGCUUUUUGGGCGUCAGAAGCCAGUUCAUCAUCUUCUGGGAGGUGGAAAGUCUGCUGAUGUUCUAUUAUGGAGGAAUAAGAAGAUCUCAGCUAGUGUACUAACUGGUGCAACAGCCAUCUGGAUACUCUUUGAAUGGCUAAAUUAUCAUUUUCUGACUCUUGUAUGCCUUGCACUGGUUCUUGGUAUGCUUGCUCAAUUUGUUUGGACAAACGCUUCAGGGUUAGUUAACAGGUCCCCACCUAAGGUCCCCCGCCUUGUGCUACCUGAUGAAGUAUUUGUCAGUAUUGGCAGAUCAGUUGGAGUUGAGAUUAACCAUGCUCUGCAGUUUCUUCAAGAUGUAUCUUGUGGAGGAAAUCUGAAACAAUUUCUUGUGGUUGUAGCAAGCUUGUGGGCUUCUGCUGUCAUUGGGAGCUGGUGCAAUUUUUUAACUGUUCUAUAUACUGGUUUUGUUGCUGCUCAUACAUUGCCAGUACUGUACGAAAGGUAUGAAGAUCAGGUAGAUGACUUUGUGUACAAAGUACUUGAGCAGCUCCAAGGUCACUACCGCAAGCUGGAUACUGGACUCCUCAGUAAGAUCCCCAAAGGAAACCUCAAGGGGAAAAAGCAUGAAUAGAUUGAUUUGUGUACGUACUUUAGAUUUUAGUGCAGAACUUUGUUUUUGGAUAUUGAAACCAUUGUCAAUCAUCAACGGAAUGCUAUGGUAUUGUUCAUGCCAAGUAAUCUGUUGCAUUAAAAUCUGUUUUUGAGGAUGGAAGAUCCCAUCUUUGAGUCUCUGUGCUUCUUGAGCCUCUAUUUUAUUGUUGCUAAACAUUCCAACAUGGAAGACUUUCUUGACAGAAAGAACAAACUGGAGUUUAAACCUGUUAAUAGAAAUUUGUACAUGUUCAGAAACAAA